AUGGACACCAUGGAUAAGAAGAUUGAGGUUCUUUUGAAAAGGGCAUGGGACUCUUCUUCGAUGAACCUUAGACCGGCUCUGGCUACCACGUGCGUGGCCAGAAACAUGGAGUUUUGGCUCUCGCAAUUUAGAACGCAUCUGCUGGCGGGAGAAGGUGGUCAAGGUCUCCGCGGCAGUCAGUCGGCUUCAGUUGAGUCAGCCGGUGUCACUAAGAGUGGUGGCUUCGGUCAUGGGUCUCAUGACCGCUUGCCUGGCGGCGGUAAAAUGGGCUCGGUUCCACCAGAGACCUCUGCAACAGUUCUUCCUGAGGAACUGGAAUCGCUCGCAAGAGGGAUUGGACGUUGCCUUUUCCCUCCCCCCCUCAGUAAAGAGAAGCCUGUGGUGGUGGAGAAUUCAUCCACAACUUCGGGCGGGUCUGAAGUGGAGUUCUUAGGCCUCCGUACACUUGACCACAGAUGCCAGUGCGUGGGGAUGGGGAGCUCAUACAACAUCACGGCGGUGGUUUAUCUGAACAAGCAGGGGGGCACAAGAAGUUGGCCUCUUCAGCUUUUAGCCAAGGAAAUAUUUUCCUGGGCGGAAGUGAAUCUGAAGUCCCUGUUUGCGGUACACCUGAGGGGUACCCACAACAUCCUGGCAGACUAUUUGAGUCGGCAUCGGAUACUGCAGGACGAAUGGGUCCUGAACCAGGAAGAGCAAUCAAAGGAGGAUGAUAGUUUGGAGUCUUUAUUAGACAAUGUGGCUGGAUUCAGGCUAAUACUUGAAACGGUAAAGGAGCCGUUACCACUCAGUGACCAGGAUCUGGAGCCAGUUUUAACUACAUCAGACGCUCUACAGAAUCUGUUCAACAACAGGACUGUGUACGUUUUAGCAGAUGUGAUGGACGAGCAGCUGAAGUCUUUGUCAUUUUCACCAUUCCAGCCAGACGAAGCAGAUGUGGACCUAGACAUGAUGAAAGUUGAUUUGAUCGACCUUUCUGCCAAAUGCUGCUGUGACUUUGACCUAAAAGCGGAACUGGAGAAAUCCUUUUUGUUGGAGCCAUCAUCUCCCGGAAGGACAAAGGCCACUAAAGGGUUUAAACUAGGAAAGCACAAACAUGAGACCUUUAUUACAAGCGGCAGGUCUGAAUAUAUUGAACCAGCAAAGAGAGCCCACUUUGUGCCUCUUCCCCGUGGGAGGGGCAGGGGUGGAUUUGGGCAGGGUAUGCGCCCCCAUGACCUUUUUCGCCAGAGGAAACAGAAUACAAGCCGUCCUCCAUCUAUGCACGUGGAUGAUUUUGUGGCAGCUGAACGUAAAGAAGUGCCUCCAGCUGGAAUCCAGCCUCCGAAGCGGCCUCCGAAAGCAACGCAAAAGGUGUCCUCAAGAGGUGGUUUUCUAGGGAAUCGUGGUGGCAGAGGGGCUUUCCAUAGUCAGAGCAGAUUCUUUACACCGCCUGCUCCUAAAGUAAACUACAGUCGUCGAGAGGGAGUCCGGGUAAUAAACUGGCCUACCCAGACUCCUCCAAGAGCCACCUAUGUGGAAAGCAGAGGAGCACAAAGCAACUUUGACAGAGGACCAUUGCCCCCUCUGCGACAGAGCUCUGCAGGAUACCGUCCAAAUCCACGUGAACGAGCUGCCAGGGGCCGUGGGGGGCUAGGCCCAUCAUGGACUAAUGCAGCAGGCAGUGGAAACGCUUCCCGUGGAAAGUUUUUGGGGGGAAAUGGCAGCAGAGGACGUCACGUACGCUCCUUCACUAGAUAGGAGGCGAUCUGCUGGACAUCUUUAUUUAUGUGAAUAUUUUCUGAUAUUGUUGGCACAUGCAGCACUGAAGGACCAAUGAGCAAAGUGAUUUGAUACUGUGGCAUUUUGCUUAGCGGAUCUAAAGAAAGCAGAUGUAUUUUGAUACAAAUGCUCAGAGUCAAAGUGUAAAACAUUUUAUUUUUAUGUACAGUAUAGUAAUUUUUCUGUGUUUUUGUCUUUUUUCUUUUGGAGCAUUUUUUUAAAUAAAAUUCUAA